GUAUUUUGCAUGUUUCUGUGAAGAUUCUGACCAGUGGACCACUGCCCCUCUGCUUGGUGUUACACGUUUAAAUUUCUAGCAGGUCUCUGAGUCCGUCCUCUUGACUUUAAAAGGCCAAAAAGCUCUGCACUAAAUUUGGGCAUGCACUUGAGGAGGAUUUCAAGGAAUGUGCAAGCAUCUCGGGCGGCUCUGACGAAAGACCAAUGCAUAUGUUCUCGGCUCUUCAAGGUUUCCCCUCCCAGACCAGGCGCCAGGAGUCUCUCACAUCAUCUGGAUUUGAGGCUCGUUUUCUGGGUAGUCAUGUCCAAGUGGAAAGUACGAGCGCUGACACGGACCGGGCGUCAGGUGAGUGAAGACCCAGACAUUGACAACCUGUUGUCUAUCCUGUCGCCCGAAGAGGUGGAGGAGUUGGAAAAAGAAGUUCUGACAGCACCUGACCCUGAUCCAGAUCUCAACAUGCCAAGCUUGCUCAGAAAGAGGAGCCCACUAGAGAAACAGUCAUCCAUCCACAACAAUGUUGAUGCCAAGGUGGAACCCAAGAAGCUCAGUGAGAGACAGCUGUCAGUCGAGGCAGAGCCCAAGAAGGAGAGUCUGAAGCAGCAGUACCUAAAGAAGAUGGGCCUGAGCCAAGAGAAAAGCCUGUCUAGGUCAGAGAGUCAGGAAAGGGAAAUCCAGAGGCAAAACAGCAUGUCUGGUGAGCGAGACUAUGUCAGGAAAGGCAAAUCUAACAUGGAGGAGAAGCCUGGGCCCUCAAACCAGUUUUUGAGAGAUGAUAGUCAGGAGACAGAGAGAAAAGGAGGGAGCAAGGAGAAAGAGAUGAAUGAAGAGAGCAAGCCAAGAGAAAGAAAGGAUGAUGGUGGAAAGAAGGAAGAGGGCAGCAGUAAAACAAAAGAGUUGAUCUCUAAACUGCAGGAGAAGAAGGAGGAAGCCAGAGACAAGGAGCGUAAGGAUGAGAACCGGAAAAGGGAGGACAGCAAGACGAAGGAACUGAUCUCAAAGCUUUGGGAGAAAAGUGAAAAGGAAGAAAUAAAAGAAAGGGAGAAGAAAGAAGAAAUCAGGAAGAAGGAGGAUUAUAAAACAAGGGGACUGAUAUCCAGACUGGAGGAAAAGCAAAGUCAGGCAAAAGAGAACAAAACAGAUGACAGGAAGAAUAGAGGGGAGGAGAAAAGCAAGGAGGAUGCGCGACUUGCCCAAACAGGAUCCCAACAGGAGGAGAAGGAUGAUAAGAAGAUGGAGAAGCAAAAAGAAAAGGAGAAUGAUAGAGGCAUACAGGGAGAAAAGGAAAAGGAGCAGAGAAGCAUUAAAGCAAGAGCAAAGGAAAAGGAGAAGGAUAAUGUGAAAAGGAAAGAGACAGAGAAAGGGAAGGCCAUCAGUGAGGGCCUGAAGCACAGCAUGGGAGAGGAACCUGUAGGGGAGAAAGGCCCGGAGAGUAAGGCCAAAGAAAAGGCUGAAGAUGAGGAUGACGAUGCCAGUAUGUUCGAUGAAUUGCUUGAGAAGGUCAGCAACAAUGACCCUCAACUCACGGAGCUCAAUGUGAAUAACUCAGAGGUGAUCAAGAAUAAAACCCUCAUACAGUUUGCUGAGGCUCUGCGGGAUAACAUGCAUGUUAAGACGUUUGCACUAGCCAACACCAGGGCUGAUGACCAUGUGGCUUACGCUAUUGCAGGCACUCUGCGGGUCAACAAGACCAUCACCAGCAUCAACCUGGACUCCAACCAUCUCACCAGCAAAGGCAUCAUUGCCCUGAUACAGGCCCUGCAGCACAACGCAACCCUCACUGAAUUGCGCUUCCACAAUCAGCGGCACAUCUGUGGUGGCAAAACCGAGAUGGAGAUGGCUAAAGUGUUGAAGGAGAACACUACACUGCUCAAACUAGGUUAUCACUUUGAGCUGGCUGGUCCACGUAUGACCAUGACCAACAUCCUGAGCCGUAACAUGGACCGACAGCGGCAGCGGAGGCUUCAAGAGCAGAAGCAGGCCCAGGCCGAUGGGGAGAAGAAGGAGACACUAGAGAUCCCCAAGACCUCAGGAGGCUUCCUUAAAACCUCCCCAAAGCCUUCUCCCAAGGUUUCCCCUCUGCCCUCACCCCAACCCUCCCCCAAAGUGACACCCAAAAAAGGAGGUGGAGAAACAGGACCCCCACCACCACCCCCUCCACCACCCCCUGCACCUGCCCUGGACAUAAAUUGCCUACGUAGCACACUGACCCCUGUGUCGCAAAGAAAACUAGGGAACAAGGGUUCAGGGUUUUCUGGGAACAAGAACUCAAGGGAUCAGCUGUUGGCCUCCAUCCGAAACAGCAACAUUAAACAGCUCAAAAAGGUUGAGUUGCCGAAGCUGCUGCAAUGAUUGCAGGGAAUAAGGAAAGAACGGGAGAAGGAGGGGAGGAGUACAGGGGGAGAGGGAGACAGACAUCUCACAGACCCUAAAGAGGUUGAACCUCUCAAGUCUUACUGAAUUGACAGAUAGUCUUACCACUUUGCUGCGGGAAGCAGGGUGGCUAGUGUGGGAUGGAGCAGUUCCUGGGUGUAUAGUCCCUUUCCUGUGUCCGAAAGAAUGCUUGUGGAGUAAUGGGUAGGGGGUGGGGAGCCGUGAUGAACAGGUCCAUAGAGUUGCUCAGAGGCAGGACAUCAAGAGCUGCUCUUUCUAUGGCAGUAUCAGCAUUGGUGUCUUGACUGACAGCUGCACUUUCAAAGCAGGUCACUGGUAUGUAGUUGAAGGUGUGCAAUCCUUUCUGUUUGGGGCUACAUUCAGAACGAUGACAGACUCAUGAUGAUGGAAUUCGUGAGUUCAUUGGUGUUGGACUUUGUCAGAACUCUAGAUGAAGCAGAUGAGACAAAAAUGCCAUGUACUCUAUCAGUGGAAACCUAAUGGGAAUUCCAUACAGGACUGCAAUAGAAACUAAUGUAGGGAUUGACAUUUUCACAUAGAUCUGGUAAAGACAGCACCAGCAAGACUGGCAGAACCUGAUAUUAAAGGAGCUAAUGCCAUUUGUAUUAUAUAGUGAUAUCUCAGGCAUCAUCAGUCCCAACCUAGAAUUCAAAGUCUUUAGAAAUGUCUGAAGAUGGAGCUUCAGUUUUACCAUAAGGUAUGUGGAGAUGUGAGUGCUUUAAUUUGUUUCAGUUCUGAAUUUGUAAAUCCCUGCAAGAUGAAUGCUAUUAUGCAAGCGCUAAUUACUACAAAAUAUAUGUCUUACCUUUCUCUCUAUGAAUUCAAGUGUGGUUCUGAUGCUUGAAAAGUACAACUGAACACCAACACUUGCUCAUUUUAAUGUGAAUGUUUAAAUUUCUUCAAGAAAUGAGAGUUGCUCAUUAUUUAGCUAACGUAAACUCUAAUGGAAUUCAAAGUAUAAAGGGAUGACUACCUUCUUUUGUAACUUUCUGUAGCACUUGUUUUUA